UGACGUGUAUCUUGAAGUGUCUAUGGGAUUUUGCCUUGGACAUCACAGGCCCAUAUAUCACAUACGCACUUCAAAAUAGAACCGAUAGAACUAUGUAGUCUCUCAACUUCCCCACAGAUCUUUCGAACACUAACGAUCGCAAUAAUGACAACGAGACUCAGCAACAUAUCUAUCGACUUCUUCCUCAUGCUCCUCAUCACCACUAUUAACGUGAUCAACAUCUGUGUUUCUCUUCUCGCCGCCCUCCAAAUCCGGGGCCUCCGCAACCAGACCCAGAAGCAGGUUCGCAAGCAAAUCAAGAGACAAGUUCGGAAACAGGCUCAUAAAUCAGCACGGAGAUCGCGACGACAAUACAUAGAUGUCAGCACGCAAACGAUCCAAAUACCCAGCUCACCCGACAGCCGGAGAUCUUUGCAGGCUACACAUAAUCGACUGCUAGAUUCGAGUCUAAGUCAACACGCUGCUGAGACUGGGGUCGAUGGCACUGCGAAUACUACGGGUGCAUUUUCGUCUACAGGCUACUAUCCCUCUUCCCAGUGUUCUACGUACUCUUCAGCUCCACCGUCCUCACACUCUUCGAUUGUUGAACUCGAGGCACUUGCAAAUAUGAGCGGCGAGAUGCUCGUUAACAGGUUAUCAAGGACUGCGAACUCUUCUGGCACGACACUUGUAGAGGUUUUGAGCAGCGAUUCAGAUCGUACGAUGUCGCGGUCGAGGGGACGUCGGCGAAGGUAUAGCGGACAGACAUAAAGGUAGAGUAGAGGUGCCUAAUACUAUAAGGUAGCAUGUAAACCAAGCCUCCACCGGAGCCUGUGUUCAAAUAUGUUCAAAACAUGUCCAUCAGAUCGGACAUGAUCCGUGCAAGUCGAACGUUGAUGGCCCAUGUAUCUCCAGGACCGGAGAUAAGUAGUCCUGUACA